AUCCGCAGGUACUACUGGGCAUGCGAGGCGCUAGCACUGCCUCAGACCCACGAACUGCAGCAACAUAACCCGUCGUCAUCGUGGCCUGUACACGACCCCUCUUCAUCUCUGGCGUCAUAUAGUCGGACACUCCCAAGUCCAAGUCCAAAUAGAAGUACGCAAUGAGCGGAAAAUGGAAUACUCUGCAGUGGGCAGACACUUUCGGCGUAACAGUGGUAGAACAAACAGACAUGGCGUCCCAUGAGGUCGUCGACUACGUCAUCCGUGCCCUGCUCAACGAGCUCACGAUAGAGCGCUUCGACCCCAUUGCUGACCAAAUCAUCGCGUGGGCAAACGAGUCGGAGAACGAGCAUGAUGGGCGAACCCUCAUUGAAGUCAUCAGGCUCGUCUACGAACAGGCGACCAACGACUUGACGCGGUCGGAAACGUACGCUCGGUUGUGCCGGAGGAUGAUGGAGCAGAUCAGCCCGAAGGUCCAGGACGAGGGUAUCAAGAACGCGGAGGGGAAACCCAUUGCUGGUGGCCAGCUGUUCCGCAAGUACCUUCUCAAUCGAUGCCAAGAAGACUUCGAGCAUGGUUGGGCUGCGAAGGAGAGCGCUGCUGCCGCCGCUGCGACGAAGGCCACCGAGGACCAGGCCGCCAAGGACGCCGCCGAGAAGGACGAGUCUGGCGAGGUUGCCCUGUACUCGGAAGAGUACUACAUUGCGCAGAAAGCAAAACGGCAGGGUCUCGGCCUCGUCAAGUUCAUCGGUGAGCUGUUCAAGCUGCAGAUGCUCACGGAGCGUAUCAUGCACGAGUGUGUCAAGAAGCUCCUGGGUACCGUCGAAAAGCCCGAGAAGGAAGAGAUCGAGAGCCUAUGCAUGCUCCUCACCACCGUCGGCCAGCUGCUUGACACCCCGAAGGCUCGCGCGCAUAUGGAUGUCUACUUCACGCGCAUGAAGGAGUUGACGAAGAACCCGAAUGUCAACCCGCGUAUGCAGUUCAUGCUUGUUGAGCUCAUUGAAUUGCGUGAACGCAAAUGGAUUCCGCGCAACCUGGCUGCUGCUCCUACUACCAUCGCCGCCGUCCACGCACAAGCUACGAAGGAGACCGCUGUGACGUGGAAAGAUUAUGGCUGGCCCCUCGCUAGGAUUACCCCUUCUCGUGUGCCACCCAAGGCAGGCGACUUCGAUAACUUUGGCAAGAUCAGCAAGUCGAACUCUAUGACCUUCGGGCCCACGGGCGUGUUCGUGUCGAAGGACAAGACCACGCGCGAUUCCACGUCGUCGUUGUUGCGAGGCUCUUCGAACAUGUUCUCAAAGCUGAUGGAGAACCCCGAGCUCGCCGCGAAGGCUGCUGCCGCACAGACCAGCCGGCCACCAAGCCACAAGGACAGUGUCGACUUCCCUUCUGCCUCCGCGCCCGAGGUUCCGCUACAACAUAAGAAGCUCCAGCUCCUGCCGCGACCCAAACCCAAGCUUGACGAACGGACAGAUUCGACGCCAGCACAAUCGGAGGCUGGCCACUCGGGCGAUGAGCACUCUACCGCACCUUCCAUGUCUGAGGAGGAGGCGAAGACUCGCGUUGACGAGGACUCGAAGGAGUUCUUCAGCAUCCGCGACUUGAACGAGGCUGAGUUGUACUUCAGUAAGCUCCCCUCGGAACACCGGUGGCUGCUGGUCGACAAGCUUGUGACUUCCGUCAUCGAGUCGAAGGCGUCGGAUGCGCAGCUCGUCGCCGACUUCUUCUCCGGGGCCGUAUCGAAGAACCUCUGUUCACCAGAGAGCCUUGAGAAGGGCUUCACGCCGAUGGUGGAGGUUCUUGACGACAUCGUCAUCGACGCGCCGAAGGCAUUGGACCUUAUGGCGACCAUGAUGAAGGGCGCGCACUUCAACGAGGAGCGACGGGCCCGGCUUGCGAGCAAGACCCUGGACGGCGAUAAGUUCAUUUCUCCAAUUUUGUGGACGCCUUCACUCAGUCCGUCGUCUGUGUCAACCCUCUCACCAUCGCAAUCGUCGAGUUUCCGCAGCCCCUCCCAUGACGUCGACUUUACAUUCGGACACAACGAUGUCUCCCCGCUGGGUAUCCCGUCCUUCACCGCCGACAAAGAGCCAUCGCUACAACGAAUCUCAGCAUCACUUGCGCCGACUGCAUCACUCUUUUAUCCUGCUUCUACCACGCAACUUCGUCCGGUUCGGAAUACGCGUGCUCAGUCACAGUCAACGGACGUCUUUACUAGGGGCAAGGAUCCUAUGUUGUCACUACAGGAGACCUCAAGGCCGCCGCAGUCGCUAUGCGCUUCCGGGUCGCGGGCGGCCAAUCCAGGCGUCGGCCUUGCAUCUCUACCAGAGGUUUCGCAGUUGCGAGCACAUCCACAUGUGCUGCCGAAAUUUGCUGCAAAGGCCGUGCAAUCUGAGUUGCAAAUCGAUGACGAGGAUGACGAGGACCCCGACGUCUUCUCUAUGUCGGAGGAGCAAGUGAAGGCGCAACUCACUGCAAGCAUGCAAAAUUUCUUUGAAGUUCGCAGCUUGGCGAAGGGCGAGGCGGCUCUCCGCAGGCUCCCGUCGGCCCAUCGGUGGCGUUUCAUCAACAAGCUCGUCUCGUACGCUGUCUUCUCCGGGGCUGGAGACUCCCGACUCGUCAGUGAUCUCUUCUCCUGCGCCGCGUCGAAGGGCCUGUGCUCGCCGGAUGAGUUCGACGAGGGGUUCUCUUCGACGAUGGAGACACUCGAUGUCCUUGCGUUGUGGCUGCCGAAUGCGCUCAGUAUGGUUGCGAUAUUGUUGAAGGGCACGCGGUUGAACGAGAAACAACUCCGCAGACUGGUUCACAAGGCUGCGAGCAGCCACUCGGAGAUACUCCUCGCUCUGCUCCUAUAAACCUUGCGUAUGGACUACUGUUCCGGGAAGAACUCCCCACGAGA